GGUAGCGUUUUGUCUUGCUGGAAAAUUUUGGUGACAGGAGAUAAUUUAAUGGAUUGCUACAAUGCAGGCUCAGAAGAACUGCCAUAUUUCAAACUCUCUUAUUUACUGGAAGUGGUUUAUUCGGAGUUGGAUUUAGAAUCAAGUUUAAAUUGAAUUGAAGGCGAAAUUUUUUUCAUAAUUAAAACAUUAAAAAGCUAUAUAAAUUCUCCUCGAAUACUUUGUAAAAUAUCAGGCUUACGACGUCAAUAGAAAUUUUUUUUUAAAAAAAAUCUAAUACUUACGGCAAUAUUUUCAACUGCAUCAAAACUACCAUUUUACCCUUCGAUUUCGAGGGAUAAAUUUCAGGCGAAUUUCGAUCCUCUUUUUCCCGCCAAAAAAAAAAGCCCUCAAUAGCUUGUCCGUAGAUGGUUCGUACAAAAGCCUUGCUGAGAAUUUUGCACGCACCAAAAGUAGCCGAAAAUGGUGUCUGCAACUCCGGCGAAAAAUCAUAAAAAUGUCUACCACAUCGGAGGUGUCCAGGUGGAGUUCCCGUACCGUCCGUACGGGACGCAGCUUGCGUUCAUGGGUAGAGUCAUCUCCACACUGGAACGGGCUCACAAGGACGGCCAUUGCCACGCAAUUCUGGAGUCACCCACCGGAACCGGGAAAUCGCUCUCGCUCCUCUGCUCAACCCUAGCUUGGCUGCAGAAUUACAAGUUCAAGAACCAGUUCGCGAAUCUCUCUCACUCCAAGCCCGAUCCUGAGGCGAUGACUGAUCCUCUGGGUCAUGGUGGUGGAUUUGUUCCCGAAGACGAACCUUCAAGUGCACCAGUGGUGGAAGCUUCGGGACCUGCUAAAUCUAUAGAAAAGAGUAAGAAUCAGAAGAAAAGGCCAGCACCUAUCAUAUAUUAUGCAUCGAGGACACAUUCGCAAAUUUCACAAGUAAUUCGUGAAUAUCGCAAAACUGGUUACCGUGUGCCAAUGGCUGUUUUGGCCUCACGGAAACAUUACUGCACCAAUGCAUACGUGCAUGGGAAAGAGAAUAUAGAUGAAGAAUGUAAGUUGCUUUUGAAGAAUCGAGAGGUGGGGUGCCCAGAAUUUAAAAAUGUACAUAAAGUCAAAUGCCAUCCAUCCCUUCAAAAAGGAGGCUGCCAUGAGGCCCAUGAUAUAGAGGAUCUUGUCAAAGUUGGAAAAGUUGUCAGAGGUUGUUCAUAUUAUGCAGCACGUUCUAUGGCAGGCGAUGCACAGUUGGUAUUCUGCCCAUAUAACUACAUUAUCAAUCCAGUCAUUCGGGGAGCAAUGGAAGUAGAUAUAAAAGGAGCUAUUGUAGUUCUUGAUGAGGCACAUAACAUAGAGGAUAUAGCCCGCGACGCUGGUAGCAUGGAUGUCGAAGAAGAUGUUUUGCAUAAACUGCAGAUGGAACUUGGUCAACUCUGGCCAAAUGAUGCUUCAAUGUAUCAACCUUUGUAUGAAAUGACACAGGACCUCAUAAGUUGGAUUGAACAGAGGAAAAGUAUGUUGGAAAAGCGUGAAUUUCAGCAUUAUGUUUCUUGUUGGACAGGUGAUAAGGCCUUGAGGGAGCUCCAAGAAGCAAAUAUUUCACAGCAGUCCUUUCCAAUCCUGCUCGAAUGUGCCACAAAGGCAAUCAAGGCUGCUUCAGAUACAGAGUCAGAGGUACCACAUUUAAGUGGCUUGGCUGUAACAACAUUGGAAGGAUUAUUCUCUUCACUUACAUAUUUCUUUUCAAGAAAUGGUUGUCAUAUGUUUGACUAUCAGCUUGCUCUACGAAGAUAUGUUAAAAGAGAUGGUGGAAAAGCUUUUGGUGAAUGGACACAUACCUUAAGUUUGUGGUGCUUAAAUCCAAGUGUUGUGUUUAGAGACAUUGCUGAGCUUUCUUUCUCAGUCAUUUUGACAUCAGGGACUUUGUCACCAAUGAAUUCCUUUUCAUCUGAACUUGGCAUUCAUUUCGAAACUAGUCUGGAAGCAGCACACGUAAUCGAUGUCAACUCACAGGUCUGGCCUGCUAUAAUAUCUACUGGGCCAGGUAAUUUUCCAUUGAAUGCAAGCUAUAAAACAGCUGAUGGAUAUGCUUUCCAGGAUGCACUUGGAAAAUCAUUGGAAGAUAUUUUCAAAACUGUGCAAGGUGGCUGUCUAGUCUUCUUCCCGAGUUAUAAGUUGAUGGAUAAACUAUGCAAGCGUUGGUGCGAAACAGGUCAAUGGUCUCAAUUAAAUGCAAAAAAGCCCCUUUUUGUGGAACCCAGGGGAGGAAGCCAGGACGAUUUUGAAUCUGUUUUGAAGGGUUAUUAUGACUCAAUUCGUUAUGGUAACAGACCUCUUCCUGUGAGAAGGAAAAAGGUUAAGAAAAUGGGCCUAACGCACUUAUCUGCAAACCAUUCUGUGGAAAAUACCAAGUCUCAAGGAGCUGCUUUUCUUGCAGUGUGCCGAGGAAAGGUUUCAGAAGGAAUUGAUUUCUCUGAUGACAAUGCUCGAGUGGUUAUAAUUGUUGGCAUUCCAUUUCCCAACACAAAUGAUAUUCAAGUUGCAUUGAAGAAGAAAUAUAAUGAUACAUAUAAAUCAUCCAAAAACCUUCUUAGUGGGAGUGAGUGGUACUGCAACCAAGCAUUCAGGGCUCUAAAUCAAGCUGCAGGACGUUGUAUACGACACAGGUUUGAUUAUGGAGCUAUUAUCUUAUUAGAUGAACGUUAUAGGGAAGAAAGGAAUAGAGCAUAUGUGUCAAAGUGGCUAAGGAAUUCCAUUAAACAGUAUGACAGCUUUGACUUGUCAUUAGAAGGAUUGAAAUCCUUUUUCACUGAUGUCAAGGAACAUGUGGAUAAGAAAAUGGUUAGUGUAUCACAAAAUUAUAAUGUUAGUGAUGAAAAUAUCACUUUCAUGGAUCAAAGUAGGGGGGUUACAACAAAGGAAAAUCAAAAAAUGAAACGGUCUGAGCAUUGUGGGCAGAAAGGGAUUUGUGUUGCAAACUGUAAUGCUUCCUUUCCCCAGCUAGAGUCACAGGAUAAUGCGACAGUUCAAGUUCAGGCAUCUUUACGACUGGAUGAAAAUGCUGACAACCUCAACGAAAUUAUUGACCUUGAAUGUAGUCCCCAGAAAGAUUCAGGGUUUCCUAUGGUUUUCUCCCUUGAAGAUCCAGAAGGAUCCAUUGUCAAGGAAACCCCAUGUGUGGGAAGUCCAGAGCCCUUAGACAAGGGUGAGUACUCUAGUUCAACCAUAAUUGAGGAUCAGUUAUCAUUUCAUUCAGCAUCUUUACCCUACAGCAAAGCUUCUUCACCAACCCAGUGUUCGAUGCUUCUUACGCCUGAAAAGGAUGCCACUGUUAAUUUUCACAGCUUGAUUCCAGAAACAGAAUCAUCUUUGAAUUCAAGUGUUAAUUCUCAUACCCAAAAAAGGAGGAAGUCUACUUUUUCUCCCUGUUCUAGCCUUGUUGAAGAAGAGCAUAAUGUUCACAAUGCCAAAGCUCCUUCCAAUAGAGAUGCUAAUCGGAGAAUUGAAUUUGGUGUGGACAUCAAUUGUACAGAAAACAAACUUGAUUUGCAUGUUCCUAAAUUGCUCACGUUGAGCCACCAUGAUGUGUCUUCUGGUCCCCUAAUGGACAAGAGAGUACAAGUUUUUUGUUCACUUUGCAAAAACUCAUUGGGGCUUCCUGAGAAUCAUCAAUAUAUCAUGUGCUCUUCAACAUCGAUAUCAAAAAUUCACUUAGAAUCUCUGCAUAAAAAUACGAUGAACCCUCAGACCAAGAGCACCUCUACAGAUGUACCUGUUCUUGUAACUGACGUUUCAUCGGUUCAUCAGCAACUCUGCAGCAGAAGUCUUGAAGCUGAUUCUGGACAGGGUAUAUGGUGUGAAAAAGAUGGAUGUGUAUUCAAUACCAUUUUCUGCCCCUUCUGCAGUAUGCGCAACAAUUGUCUAGGUGUACAGGUCAUGGCAACUAAUGCGUCAAGCAUUCAUUUACUUAACAAGAUCUUGUUUUAUAUGGAUCGGUUAGAAAUUAAAAAUCCUGAAGCAGCUUCUAUCGAGGAGACUCAGAAAGAUGAGAAAAACUUGCCGGUUAGAAGCUCAAGCAUGGAUAGAGUUUCGAUUCUGAAUUCCUUUGACAAAUUUGCAUAUAUUAAAACACAGCAUGACUCAGGAGGCUGGAGGACCACAAAAUCAAAGCUGAAACUUCCAAAGAGAGGCUGACUCUCUACUGGAGGGGGUUAAAGACAACUUUUUUUAGCUGAAACUUUUGGCAGCUCUCGGAUUAGAAAGAAAUAAUUUAUUACAUUUUUCGUAAUCCAUGUAAAUGUAUGAAAAAACAGGAAAUGUUUUGUACAUUCCCUAAUGAAACUCCACGGACCAAAAUGUGGCCAUUAAUACUUUAACAAAGGAUAUGCUCAAUCAUUCACCACAACUGGAAAAAGAAAAGUUGGCAUCAAAUAAGGAAAAAUGCAAAAUUUUCCUCCA